CUUUGGCCAUAUAAGUCGCAUCGAAGCUGAGAAUAAACUGCUACAGCCUGAUGUCCAUCAAGGAAUGUUCAUUGUCAGGGAUAGUGAGAGCAACCCAGGUGCUUUCUCAAUAUCGAUUCUUGACUACGACUCCGAUAGAGGCAACAAAGUGAAACACUACAGGAUCCAAAAGCGUGGCGAUGAUGAGACUGGAUCAUAUGACAUAGACGGAGGCGCCUCGUUUCCUGCAAUCGCUGAGCUUAUCAAGCAUCACCAACGUAAAGCUGACGGACUGUGCACCAAACUAACCUACCCCUGCCCUAGAGAGACUCCGAAGACUGUGGACUUGGGCGACGAUGAUUGGGAAAUCCCCAAGGAGUGCUUAACGCUGGAAAAAAAAAUUGCAGUCGGUCUGUAUGCAGACGUUUGGAAAGGUGUUUUGGAAGGAAAGACCCCAGUGGCCAUUAAGACCCCCAAGAUGGGGACUAGUCUAUCCGCCUUACUGGCAGAAGCUAAUAACAUGAAGAAGCUGCACCAUCCAAACCUCUGUCAACUGUGUGGUAUUUGUUCACUUAAGGAACCAAUCUACAUUGUUAUGGAGUGGAUGUGCAACGGCAGUCUGUUGAAUUACCUUACAAAUGGCGAAGGACGAAACCUGAAGUUGCCCAAACUUGUUGACAUUGGAGCUCGGAUCGCAUCUGGCAUGGCCUACAUGGAGUCCAUGAACUACAUGCAUCGUCGAUUGGCUGCCAGAAAUGUACUUGUUGGAGACGCCAACAUCGUCAAGGUGGCUUGUUUUGCGGAGACAAGGAUAAAUGGCUCGGGAUUAACAGAAAGAAGCAUUCCGGUCAUAGUCAGAUGGACAGCCCCCGAGGUUCUCAUUCAAAACCCUCAUAGCAUCAAAUCCGAUGUCUGGGCAUUUGGUAUUUUGCUGACAGAGUUGGUCACACAUGGACAGUGUCCUUAUUUAGGUAUGAAUAACGAGGAGGUAAUUAAGCGUCAGGUUUUGCAAGGCUAUCGCAUGCCCAAGAUGGCCAAUUGCCCAGACGCCCUGUACGAACUCAUGCUCAAGUGUUGGGACAAGGAUCCCGCUGCUAGACCCACAUUGGAGUUCCUGCAUUCCUACUUGAAAGACUACGUCUUCGCAGAAGAACCUGAACACGAAGAAAGUAGAAUAAAGACGGUGGUGUGUACAAGUACGUAG